AUGGAGAAGAAGCACUUCAGCCACAUCCACAUUCUUGGCCACCAGCAAAUAAUUCCUCAAGGCCAUGAAAUCGAAUGCUCUGGCUGUAAACUCCAGGCCUCUGGCUUGGUCCACGGCUGCUGGGACUGCAACUUCUUCCUUCAUGACCAAUGUUUCACCGCGAGCCGCGCUAUGAUUCAUCCUUCCCAUCCAUCACACCCUUUAACCUUAGCCCCUUUUCCAACUUAUCCUUCUAAUACAUUUUACUGCAAUUCUUGCAAUCUAGUUGGGACAGGCUUUGCAUAUAGUUGCUCACUCUGUGAGUUCGAUAUCCAUGUCCAUUGCGCUUACAUGUCUAAUACAACACCUCAAUCUUCUUACCAAAAUAAUGUUCACCAAACUUAUGUGCCUAAUAAUUCUGGAUCAAUUCCUGCUUACCCUCCUCAAACAUAUAAUCCUCAGAAUCCUUACACGAACCAGAACGCGACUCCUUAUCCAAAUAUGCCUGGUAGUCACAAUCACAAUAGUCCUCCAACCCAAUCUGCUUCACAUAGUCACGAUACGAUGCCAAAUGCCAAUCCUCAAUCAGGCGCUGCUGGAGAGACCAGGCAUUUUACUCAUGGCCAUCCCCUGUGCCUGUCUGAAAUUCGGGAGAAGCAGAUGAAAGUCUGCUCAGGUUGCGACGAAAACAAUUCUGGUUCAGCCUAUGUCUGCAAGGACAAUCAAUGUGACUUCAAUCUCCACAAGUCUUGCUUUGAUUUGCCCGAGGAGAUCCGACACAAUUCACAUCCAAACCAUCCACUCAGACUCAUAAUAAUCCCUGAUCAGACCAAUGGUUUCACCUGCGACGGCUGUCACAAAAACGGUUUCUCGUUUACUUAUAGUUGCAGGGCUUGUGAUUUCACCCUGCACACCGAUUGUGCUUCGCUUCCAAAGACCGUGAAGCGGAAAGAUCACGAACAUCCUCUGACUCUCUACUACGAAAUGAAGAGCGAAUUCAGGUGUGAUGUUUGUCAGGAAUCAGCUAGUGAAGGCUGCUGGCGUUAUCGUUGCAGAAAAUGUGAUUUUGAUACACAUACCUACUGUGUGAAAUCCAGUGCCAAGCCAUACAAUGCUGAGUUAGAUUAUUACAAUGAAUCUGAGAAAGUGAUGGCAGCACUGGUGGCAGCGAAAAUUCAACAUGAUACAAACGCAUUUAUCCUCAAUAAUUUGAUUUAG